AUGGAAGGUGUUACUACGGCUGUGAGGGCAGCCAUGACCCUGGCAAAUGAUCACCAGGGCCAAGCUUCUGAUACACUUUGUACCAAACCAUGUACAGUCCAGGCAAUCAUAGGAGAGGCUUCAUCUUCCAGCAUUGCAAUUUCAGCAUUUGUUGGACCAUUUAAUAUACCUGUGGUAAGUCACUUUUCCACCUGUGCUUGUCUGAGUGACAAAAGGAAAUAUCCAUCAUUCCUCAGAACCAUCCCCAGUGACUACUACCAGAGCAGAGCACUGGCCCAGCUGGUCAAAUACUUUGGCUGGACAUGGGUGGGUGCCAUCAGGACAGAUGAUGACUAUGGCAAUAACGGAAUGACCACUUUUAUAGAGACCGCCCAACAUCUAGGAAUAUGCGUUGAGUACUCAGAACCUUUUUACAGAACAUACCCAAAGGAAGAUGUACUACGAAUAAUUGAUGCUAUUAAGAGGUCCACUUCCCGGGUUAUAGUGGGCUUCCUGUCCUACAUGGACAUGGAUGUGCUGUUGCAGGAGAUGGCUCACCACAAUCUUACAGGGUACCAAUGGAUUGGCAGUGAGGGGUGGAUCGCUGACCCAUACACAGCCACUGUCAAGGGCCACUAUGUCCUUAGUGGAGCAAUAGGAUUUUCUAUUGCAAAAGCAGAGGUGUCAGGCCUAAGAGAUUUCAUGUUGGAUGUUCUAUCAUUGAACACAUCUGGUAAUACUAUUUUUCAAGAGUUUUGGGAAGGCUUAUUUGAAUGUAAAUUUCCCAGUGACGUGGAUUCAGUCAGUGGUAAAGUAUGCACAGGCACUGAGAAUCUGAGCGGGAUUGAUAACACGUACACCGAUNNGUCUCAGAUACAAAUCCUGAAUAAUGUGUACAAAGGGAUGUAUGCUGUGGCUCACGCGCUGCAUGAGUUAUUCACCUGCAAAUCUGAUCAAGAGGCGGCUGACAACCAAACCUGUGCCACUAAGAGGCAACCCGAACCAUGGAAGUUUUUACAGCAACUGAAAAAAGUUCGUUUCAAAACAAAGGAGGGUGAAGAAGUGUUUUUCGACAAGAAUGGAGAUCCAGCAGCAAAGUAUGAUCUUGUAAACUGGCAACAGCAGCCAGACGGCCAGAUUCAUAUUGCCACAGUGGGACGAUAUGAUGCAUCUUUACCCACAGAGAAACAACUAAGACUGAACAAUGUAUCCAUUAUAUGGGCAAAAAAAUCAGAAAAGGUGCCAGUGUCCGUGUGCAGUGAGAGCUGUCCCCCAGGAACCCGCAAGGCCGUGCAGAAAGGAAAGCCUGUCUGCUGCUACGACUGUGUACCCUGUGCUGAGGGGGAGAUCAGCAAUGCUACAGAUUCUAAUGACUGCAUUCCUUGUGAUCUGGAAUACUGGUCAAAUGAGUAUAGAGAC